AUGAAACAGCAGCUGAGCGUGACACCCCUCGACUCUUCACCCUCAGCCAAGGCUGAGAAUGAAUAUUUCUGGUAUCUGAAGUUUGGUGAAUUUGAAGAGACACUUCAUCACUUUGAGAAGGAGUGUAAAAACAAGGGGAAAGUCGUUCCAAAGCCCAGAGGCAACAGUCUUCGGGACUCGAAAACGCUGAUUAUCCAGAAGGACCUGUUGAGCUCAUUUGACGACGGUGACUUCAAGGUGUUCUUUGAGCUGUGGACAGAGUAUGUCCCUUCGGAGGUGAGGGACUGUGACCCUCACGCCCAGAAGCUGGAGUUUUACCUUCAUGUUCACUUCACCAUCUUCCCUCUGAAAAUCCACUUGGGCAGACACGACCGAGCAGACUUUGAGGUGAGGAUCAGCCACUUCAAGCACUAUCUGGAGACGCGGGGGGUGGCGCUCAGCCAGACCACUGAGUUCCUACCCUACUAUGCCCUCCCCUUCGUGCCCAACCCCAUGGUGCACCCCUCCUUCAGAGAUCUCUUCCAGGAUUCCUGGAUGCCAGAGAUGAAGCAAGAACUGGAGAAGUUCCUGACUGUGACACUGAAAGUGUCCAACACUCCACGGCUUCUGUCAUUAUAUAAGGAUGGCGGAAGGAGUACUAAAGACACCAUACAGCAGUUGCAGCUGCAGCUUGCCGAAGCAGAGAAGAGGACCACCAGCUACAUGAGGAGGUUUAAUAAGAUGCAGGCCGACCACCACAACCUGAUAGGAGUCACUGCCGAGCUGGUGGACUCACUGGAGGCUACCGUCAGUGGGAAAAUGAUCUCCCCAGAAUACCUCCAGAGUGUGUGUGUGCGUCUUUUCAGCGGCCAGCUGAGGCAGAGUGCGGCGCAGAGCAUCGACUUCACCAGGCCUGGCACUGGUUAUUACUCUAUGAGUCCUUAUGAUGACGGAUAUGCUUCCUCAUUGCUACGAGCGUCUAUUGCACCUCUGAGGCCUAAGGAGGUGCCGCUGCUGCCCUCUCUGGACUAUGACAAGCUGAAGAGAGACCUGCUGGGGGGUUCAGACAGACUCAAGGCCCUGCUGCUCCAGGCCCUGUGCUGGAGGCUGACCCGUUCUCUCCAUGGUGAGCAAAGGGACACGGUACUGCAGGCCUACGUCAGCAACGACCUCCUGGAUCGCCAGAGCACCAGACAGAAAACUGUGCUCCUUUUGAUGAGGUCGAAGAACGGGAUGGUCAGGCAGUACAUGGCUCGUCUCAUCAACGCUUUCGCAUCCCUCGCAGAGGGUCGUGUGUACCUGUCCCAGGUCCCCUCUUUGUUGAGGCUGCUCAUUGAGUCUCUAAGGACAGAGGAGAAGGACUCUGUGAGCAGAGAGAAUGUCCUGGGAGCCCUGCAGAAACUCAGCCUCAGGCGGAGCCAGCAGUCAGCCAUGAUAGAGGAUGGUCUGAUUGACUGGCUGGUAGACGAGCUACAGGACUCUGACUGUCUGUCUGACUACACUCUGGAGUACGCUGUGGCCCUGCUCAUGAAUCUAUGUCUACGCAACAAAGGUAUACAAACCCCAGGAAAGAGGAAGUGUGCUGAGAACCCUAAACACGUCCUGAAGGUUCUGACUGACCUACUGGGACACGAGAACCACGAGAUUUGGCCGUACGUGAACGGAGCCCUGUAUAGCAUCCUGUGUAUUCCUGCAGUGCGAGAGGAAGCCAAGGAGAUGAGUAUGGAGGAGAUCCUUCGCUGCUACAGCAAAGAGGAGAACCCAGAGCUCAACAGGCAGAUUGAGUUCAUCAUCAAACAGCUAAACUCAGGGGAGGUAACUGAAGAGGGAUCAGAGUCUGAGGACGAAGAGGAGGAUGAGGAUGAUGAGGAAGACGCCAUGGAGAUGGACCUGGACAAAGAGGAAGCGAUUCAGCUGCAGCCCAGAGAGCUGUCCGGAGAAUCACUACUGACCACAGAGUACCUGGGGAUCAUGACCAACAUGGUAACGGGGGUGAAGAGGAGAUCGGCAGCUCCUCCUGGACGGAGUGUUGAUGAACCCCUCCAGCGACCCGUGACCCCCAGCUCCCACCGAAACACACACACCAUGGACUUCCGAGUGGGCAGCGAGGGCGACAGGGGUGGAGUAGAGUACCCCUUGAGCAGACAGAGGAGCGAGGACAGCCUGCCCCCGUCCCGCUACAGCAGCCGGCCCCCCACACGCUCCGGCAGCCGGCCCAGCACCAGCGAAUCCCUGCACCACUCCAUGGACUCUGAGUAUGGCCGUUCGUCCCAGGAGUCUGAGUUGGAUGGGUCGUAUGAAGGACGAAGAGCCCAGAAGGAGGAGCGCAACGGACACUCUGCCAGCAGUGAGAAUGUCCCCGGGUUUACAAGCCGGCCCAAGAUUACCCGCACGCCUGAGAGUGACGCACCAGACGUGGCUCCUCGGAGGGGUCGCGUUGUCCCGCCACUGGCCCCCCAGUUCUCCCAGUCUGAGCCCCAGCAGAGCUGCAGCCGACCUGGAUCAGGGGUCUCCGUCACCGUGGGAGGGCCAGGGGGCGGCAGACAGAGCAGCCAGUCACACAGGAAGUGACAAGGACCUUUCACCACAUGGCCGCAAUAUCUCCUGAGGAGCAUCCAGCUUCCUGUAACUCCAUCCGCAGGUUGUGAUCAUCCAGCUUCCUGUAACUCCAUCCGCAGGUUGUGAUCAGGGUCAGGGCAAUAGAGAGGCUCGAGGUCGGCGGAGAGGUGGGGAGAGAACGAAGGAGAGGGAGAGAGAGAAGGCGGGGGGAAACAAUGUGCAGGAUUGUAGCUCGGGGUUGUAGCUUUCAACCUCGGUAUAGAACACUUUGGUAACAACAACACGGCUCAAAUAAGCACAACAACAACAACAAGCUCGCCCGAUGCACCCUCUCUACCUGCCAGCUGGCCAAGGCUUUCUUCUCUUCCUAUUCUCUCUCACUCUCUCCUGGAGAUAUGUCAAUAAAUACCACUGUGCUUGCUCUCCAAUGUCAUCUUAAACACAUUGGACAUAAACAGCUGCUGGACAUUACAUAACCAGCUACUGGACAUAGAAUUGAUUCAUUCUAUGGUACCGUGUACAUUACCAGCUACAGUGUAGUAGCACUAUUGCUAACCAAUGGCUGUGUCUCAAUUCUGUUCGAUAGUGUAUCUUCCUCUCCUUGAUUUCUUUCCGUCAAGAUGGGUGAAAGGGUCGGUAGAGGGUUCCUUCCUGAUAUUCCACCUGACUGUUAGGACAUUUUAGAUGAGUGACCCAUUGAGAAAAGAGAAAAUUAAUCUAUUUAUGGCUGAGACUAUGGUGAUGGAGUAAGGCUCCUUGACAGACAUCUGGUCCAAAGUCUGACACAACGUCCCAGGGUUGAGCUCUAAUAGUUUGAUAUAGGACAAAGUUUGAGAAUCUUAAGAGAACAUUCUGCUUCUUCACUUAUUACCAUGACAAAAUUAAAAAACAACCUUAAAAGUUAUUUCCUGCUGACUCUACGAACCCAGAAACGGCUCACUCCGAGUUGAUCGUUACCAAGCUGAGCUUACCUAACCUCAGUUGGUUUCUAACACAGUUCCACUCCAUUUGAUUGCUGCUUUUGACAAAGUUCACUAUUAAAUAUUCAUAGGACUAUUUGAAAGCACUGCAUGUGGCCUCAGCCGGAAGUGCAUUUUCUUGAUAUGGGCCGGGGAUAUCAGGGAUAUUUUCAGGCUCAUGCGCUUGUAAUACAAAGUGUUCUCCAGACCAUUCCAGUUGUGUAGUGAGGUCAGGUGUUCCACAAAGUUAUAUGCUUGGCUCCAUGCACUUUUCACCCUUACUGUGAAACGUUGAAAUGUAUGUUACACUCAAAACAGAAUGUCCGUAAAGUAACAUACAGCAAGAAGCCUUAACAUCAAUUUAUAAAGGAAAGUUGUCUGUCAAGGCUUUGAAAAUCAAAGUGAAGCUCAACACUUACCAACAAUAGAACCAGAACAGCCAUAUGUCUAGUUACUUCACUUUAAAUGGACAAACUGUUUCAAUCCAAAGCAGAAACAUGUAUUUCAUUAAAUCAGACAUUUUAUGUUGAUAUACAUUUCAUCUAAAUCUAUGUGGAACUCAAUCUAUGUGGUACAAUGAGUGGAUCAGCGCAUCAAUAUAUAUAAAAAAUGACACAGUCGGUGUUCUUUUAUGUGAAGCAUUUUAAGAUGUUCUAAAAAAAUCUCUUGUUUGCUCAAUUUCCUUUGUAUUUUACACAGGGGUAAAUAUAUUUUACCAUUCUUAAUGUGGUCCUCUGUAGCUCAGCUGGUAGAGCACGGCGCUUGUAACGCCAAAGGUAGUGGGUUCGAUCCCCGG